AAUCAAAAUAUUUUUAUAAAUAAACAUCGAAUGAUAUUAUUUUGUUAAAUUAAUAUGGUUCAAAAAGUAGUAGUUAGUUUAUAAGUGCUUUGUUGUACCUGCUUAAUUAUUUAAAAAGGUCCUUCAUCAAUUACCAUGAUAGAUAAAGAGAUGGUUUAUAUAAAUCUGAUUGAGUUAUCUCCAAAAGAAAAAGAAGAAGGAUGCCUCGACAUGAUAUGGAAAACAUUCAAGUCAUACGUAAAGCAGUUAAACUUUAUGAAACUAACCGCUGUUUAUGGGACCCAAAACAAAAACAUUAUUUUAAUAAAAUCAGUAGGGAAAUAAUAUGGCGUAGAAUCUCAGCUGAAGUUAAUAUACCUGUUCCUGAAGUCAAGAAAAAAUUAACUUCCCUAUUAGGAUCAUACAGACGCGAAAAAUCACGUGAAAACAAAAGCAAACUUAGAUCAGGAACAGGGAAAGUUUACAAGUCAAAAUGGUUUGCUUAUCCUUGGUUUACCUUCCUUACAAAUAAGAACAUACCAAGCAAUACAGAAGAUUCUAUUUGUGAUGAGACUCCUGAUACUUCUGAAACAAAUGCUGAUCAAAAUAAUGAAGAUUCUUCAUACAUUGAAUUUCAAGAUAUUCAGGAUAGGACUGACACAAAUCCUGAAGAUUAUAAUGAAAGUUCUUCAUUUCAAGAUUCAACUAUUAAGAGUAAAUGCAUGAAGACUUCUAAGUUACAAGAUGUAAAGCUAGAAUCACCUAAAUCUCAAAAUGUAAUGGUUGCCCCGUGGGCAAAAAGCAAGAUUAGGAAAAGACGUUUAAAUGCAACAGUAACAAGUAAAUGUAGCAACAGCAAUGUAGAUCACUUCACAUCAUUUGGCAACCACAUAGCAAACGAGCUGCGCAAGUACGAUGAACACCUUGUACCUCACAUAAAGAAAGCUAUUUUGGAUAUUGUUUUCCAAGCUGAUACUGGUCAGUUUCCUGUUCAACACAGUUACGCGUACACUUCUGGCUAUCACACUUCAUCACCCUCUACAGACCCUAUAGCAUCCCCUCCACAUGUUCAAAGAGAAGAAUCUUCAGAUUCAACAUUGCAACAAAAUAUGGAUUUUGACUUGGAUGAACAAAAAGCAUCAUUGUUGGAGUAAAUGUUACAUUGCAGAUUUUUGGGAUUAAUUAGAUGUUGAAUGUUUGGAUAUACAUUACAUUAUCAAUACAUACUAGAAGAUAAGUAUGUUAAUGAUACAAAAUGUUGAGCAAAGCUCAGUAAAAUGUACAAGGUCUGAGGCACAUUUGCUGGGAGUCAAAACAAAUGCGAAAGCACUUAGACACGCCGCGUGACAAUUGCAACCAAGUUAGUACAUUACACUGGUGGAAUUAAAGUUCAAUUUACUUUGAAUCAUUCCAAAAUUGAUGGAUAGUGUCAAAGAUGCAAAGCAGCAACCUCUGCUGACAUCAUUUAUUAUCUUCCAUGUGAUUGAUUCAGCAGACUUUAACAUACACAUUUUGUGUAUUGAACGCAGGCACAUGCAAUCACUAAGCUGAUCACAUAGGUCAUGAUUAUUUAUCAUAUCUUCAUAGCUGUAAGGGUUUUUGAACAUCAAAUCAGUUCUAGUGACCAAAAACUGGUUAUUUUCCACUCUUGCCAGUAACACAGCUUGCCUGAUGCCAAGGUUAUCUACAAUUCUGCUGGAAUUUGACCAUACCUUGGUCUGUGUAUAUGAAACCUAGUAUAAUAAAAUGAAAGUACAAAAAAGCUUGUAAUCAAUUUAAUAUAUUUAUUUCUUUUUUUUUCUUUUUCACAGUCAUGCUUCACUUUGUUACAUGAUUAAUAAAGGUUACAUUAAUUUAGCUGAAUUAAAAAUAUAUUAUGCAUACAUUCAUGUAGCUUUAAACAAGAAAAACUAUAAUUUUUAGCCAUAAUUUGAGAUUUUACAUCUUGAAAAGUUUGUAGUUUUUAAAUUUUACUGUAAAAUGAAAAGCCUUAUUCUGUGCUUUAAAGAUUUCAAAUCGGGGCGCAAGCCGUAGAUAUGUAGGUAGGUAUAUGACGAUAAAACACGGCUGCGAAUUUUAUCUUCGAUACUAGAAAAGCUCAUACUGGGGCAAUAAGGGUAAUAGUUGACAAAUACAAUGCAUACAGGCAAGUUUUAACCAACUUUUGAAGAAUACGGAAUGGGUUGAUUUUUACCUUAAAUAUUACAAAUACUAAAUGAUGAUGGAACUAAUUGAUAGACAUAGUAUGCAUUUAUCGCAGUGAACACAUUACAGUUACUUACAGCUAUUAUUUCAAAUACAUAGGGGGCGAUUUUUCAAUCUUCAAAUAACUUUUAUCUGAAGACUAAAUUUGAGGAUUGACAGGUGUGAAAUCCGCCAAUACGUCAAAUUCAU